UACGUCUGUCUGGCAGAAGUUUCCUAGUACUAAAAAGUCUCUGAUCUAACCGCGGACAGACAGAUAGACGGACGCACAUGGAGCAACUACAAGGGUCCUCAGCUGGCUGCGGAGUGCCCUAGAAUACGUGCUGUUGAGGGGUCUCUUACGUCACUUCUUCCCCUCGGCUAUAUAAGUAGCCAGACGCCGAACAUAUAAAACAAUGAAACAAAUGGCAGCAUGAGUUAUAUAUAUAUACAUAUAUCGUUAUCGUGGCCACAUAUCGAGACAAAAUUGAUUUUGUUAUGAAAUACCUAUAAGGUAUAUGGUAGGGGCAAGCAUGGUGCUUGUUUAGAAAUGUCAGGCGGUGAAGUGUGUGCGUUGGUUGGCAGUGUGCAAAGCCGGCAAGUACACCUCGGUCGGGAGUGCGAGAGCAGGCGAGUGCGGAGCCCAACACGAGCGCGAGCACGCCGCAGCUGAGCGCGCCCGCGCCCCCCGCGCCCUGCGCGCCGCGCCCACGCGACCACGCUGCCCACGCCGCGCACGCCGCCCGGCACACGCCUCGGGGGGGACACUCCGCCUCCGAGUCUAACCUGUCGUCACGACAUAAUGAUUCAGCGCCCGAGGAGUCUUUCCGUAUAGAAGCGAAGCAGACGGCUCACGGAGAUCAGCAGUCGACCCCGGAGAGGAUGCAGCGCGUCGGUCCGAGCCCCGCCGGAGGGGCGACAGCGGGCGGUCCGGGAGGUCCGCGCUCGCCACCGCAGCGCGCGCGCCACUGCCGAGCCGACAGGCUGCCCAAGUGCUGCCUGCCCGCCAAUGUCAAGAAAUCGAGAUCAUGUUCACCGAUGGAGCUGGAGGUGCCAAUGACGCGGCAGAUCCGCGAUAUCCACAACGACAUGCGCUCGAGUGCGAGAAUCAUCAAGGACUCGCGGGCGAGGCUGCUCGAAAUACAAAAGAAGUCUGUCCUGUCGGAGGCAGACGUGAAGGAGCUGGGAGAUCGGCACGAGCUGCUGCUGCGCGAGAUGGAGCGCUUCGAUCGACUCACGCGCAACGUGCAGCGGCUCGUGGACCUGGAGGUGACGACGCUGCGGCGCGCGCGAGACGGCGCCCGCGGCAGCUGCGACUGCCUGCCCGCCGCCGUGUACGGUAUGUGCGCGCCGCCCCCUGACCACCCCACCUGCGCCCCCGCCCCGCCACCGCGCCGCGCGUCGCUCACGGUCACGGUUGUUGCAGAGCCGGCGCUGUACCACGAGAUGAAGAUGCCGCACCCGACGGUGCUGGUGGGCCGCGCGCCGCCGCCGCACGCCGCCGCCGGCGCCGACCCCGCGCGUUGUAAAUCUGAGAUUGACCUGACGAGGAAGCUGAGCGAAAGCUACGACAUGCAGGAGAAGCUGGUCGCCGACAACGCUGACCUAGAGGUCAAGAGGUACAUCCUGUACAAGGAGCUGAUGACAAAGGACCAGACGCUGGAGACCAGCCGCGCGCAGAUCAAGCGGCUACAAGCGGAGCUCAAGCUGAUGAGCCAGGAGAACGCGCUGCUGCAUGAGCGGCUCGACCGGAACCAUCCCGAGGACUUGAAAGACUGCCAACAACUCACACUUAAGCUCGCGAGCUACCAAAGCUCUACCUCUGAACUUGUGAAACAAGUGGGCGAAUUGGAAAGUGAAGUAAAGAGUGUGCGCGGCGAGAUGGAUGAGCUGAAGAAGGCGGCGGAGGCGACGGCGGCGGCGGGCGCGGGCGGCCCCGCCUGCAAGGCCGCCAAGGGCGCCAACUCGUGCUUCACGCCGAGCGGCGGCCCGCCGUGCCCACCCAUGACCAAGGCUUGUGGUGUAUGCCCGCCGUGUCCCGCGCCCUGCAACCCCAACGCGCCACCGACUCCGGCGGAAAAAGAAGUGGCUAGACUGACGAUCCAGCUACGUCAGACGGAAGAAAAUUUUAAGACUAAAGUUACAGAAUGUGCAAUGCUGCGUUCGGAGCUGAUGAAGAAGAAAGAGGAGCUCGAGAAGGAGCGAUGCCAGCACCGGGAGGUGGCCAACAAGCUGCGUGAGCUGGAGAUGAAGUUCGAGGGGCUGACGACGCAUACGAACAUGAUGCUGGGCACCAAGGAGCAGGCGCUGGAGCACGAGGUGAACGUGCGCGCGCUCAAGCAGUGCUACCGCGAAGCGCGCGAGGAGAUAGACGAGCUGCGCCUGCUCAUGAAGGAGCAGAACGACCAGCUGCAGGACUACAGGGUCAAGUACAUGCAAGCGCAGCAACUGGUGGAGGAGCAGCGGCGGCAGAUGGACCUGAUGGACAUGGACAACACCAGGAUCUCCGAGCAGAUCAAUCUCGAGAUACAGAAAGUCAAGCUGAAGUUCCAGGAGAAGCUGCAGGAGCUGGCGCCGAUCCCAGACCUGCUGAAGGCCACGCAGAUGCGGCUCAAGGACGCGCAGCAGGCGCAGGCGAUCGCCGAGCACAACGCCGAGCAGCUCGCGAGAGAGCUCAACUGUGCCAGGGAAAAGGUGCAUAUCCUGCUGCAUAACACGGUGAAGCCGCCGGAAAAGACGCCGGAGCAGCGCGGCGCGGACGAGAAGCAGCUGGCACUACUGCAGCAGCGCAUCGCGCAGCUCACCGACACCAAUCUCUCGCUCAAGGCCGAGAUCGAACGUCUUAAGGCGAAUGUGAUUCGCAUGGAGGAGUCUGUGCUGGCGAAUGAGAAGCGCCUGCAGGAGAAGAUGCACGAGUGCGCGCAGUUGGGUGGCGAGCUGGACCGCUCGCGCGAUGACGCGGCGCGUGCGCUGCAGCGCUCCAACGAGCGCAUGGAAACCAUCCGCAAGUGCCUGCAGACCACCGUAGCCGAGCUCGAGCGGCAGCUCGCCGCUGCGCGCGCGCAGGUCAAGUCCUCCGAGAAAGAACGCGAGGAGUUGCAAUGUCGUUUGAACUGCCAGAUCAAGAGGCUGAAGGAUAAUUUCGACCAGGCGCAGCUGCGCAUCAUGGCGCUGACGACCCAGGUGGCGACGCUGCGCCACUCGGCGGGCAGCGACGCAGGCGACGGCGAGGGCGACGUCGACAACUUCGAGUGUCUUUGCAAGACCAUGUUCGAGCGGCCGUGACUUCUUUCUCCUUUACAAUCAAACUUGUCGGUUCAACGUUGUCGCGAAAAUAAGUCAACAUAGACAAAUUAAAAUUACUGAAAAAAUUGGUACUUAAACGUUCUUUCUCGAUAAUAAGUCUUUAAAAUAAGUACUUACUUACAAAAUAGUGAGAUAUACUAGUCAUGUUGACUUAAUUUCGAGCAUACGGAGCGAGUGAGGGGCGUUGUAGUGUAGGUGCAGGACGUGGCCUGGCGGGCGGCCGCGGCGCGCUGGCGAGCCGGCUGCCGCCGAAGGCGUCCAUAUUAGUAUUAUGACGUCGUAGUCAGAGUUGUAUCGCCUGUUGUAAUCAGUCGUUCCAGUCUAUUGGGUACCGUGACCAAAUAAUAAUUUGGGUAUCUAGUCUUUUCUCGUUGACUAUUUUGAGUGUUUACACUAAUUACAUCCUCUGUACAAAAUUUCAAUUACUGCAAAUAAAAAUAGUGACACAAU